AUGCGCUGAUGGCAACAGAUAAGUAAAAAGUGAGCUCCUCGGACGCAAGACAACACACCAACUGAAGUGGAAAGCGGCUCCUGUUCUGCUCCUUAUCCCAUUUCGGACGCAGCGUACAACGCGGUACGGCUUCAGACUGCUGCAGGACUGAAUCAAAAGGAAGAAGUCAGAGUUAAGAAGACAGUCUCGCCUUUGCCUCGUGCGUUAAGUUUGCCUACACGGUUACUUUUUUUUGCUCUUUAUGUCAGCGAAUUAGAAUUCAACUUUGUAGUGUUUAUAGCUGGAAAGGUGGAAAGCAACCUAUUUCGUUUGCCAUCUCGAAGACUAAAUUUAACUAAUGACGGCAGAGGUCCAGCAGCCCCCAGCGCAGACUCCUGCCCAGAGCAGCCCGAUGUCUGCCCCGGAGAAGCCGCACGGACAGACCGCCGUGAUGGAAACCGCCUCCUCCACUACGAAAACCAAAAAGACAAACGCAGGGAUCCGAAGACCAGAGAAGCCCCCCUAUUCAUACAUUGCUUUAAUAGUCAUGGCUAUCCAGAGCUCUCCAACCAAGCGCCUGACGCUCAGUGAAAUAUACCAAUUCCUGCAGAGCCGCUUCCCGUUUUUCAGGGGCUCAUACCAGGGAUGGAAGAACUCCGUGCGUCACAACUUGUCUCUGAACGAGUGCUUCAUUAAGCUGCCCAAGGGCCUCGGCCGGCCAGGGAAGGGCCACUACUGGACUAUCGACCCGGCUAGUGAGUUUAUGUUUGAGGAAGGCUCCUUUAGAAGGAGACCCAGGGGUUUUAGGCGCAAGUGCCAGGCGCUGAAGCCCAUGUACAGCAUGAUGAACGGCCUGGGAUUCAACCAUAUCCCCGAGUCCUACAACUUCCAGGGGAGCGGCGGGGGCCUAUCCUGUCCGCCCAACAGCUUGUCUCUGGACAGUGGGAUUGGGAUGAUGAAUGGACACUUGUCAGGUAACAUGGAAGGGAUGGGUCUGUCCGGGCACACCAUGUCACACUUGUCGACCAACGGUGGACAUUCCUACAUGGGAAGUUGUACAGGAUCCACUGGCAGUGAUUACCCCCACCACGACAAUUCCGCCUCCCCUCUGCUCACCAGCGGAGGAGUCAUGGAGCCUCACCCCGUCUACUCGAGCUCAGCCUCGGCGUGGGCUCCGGCCCCCUCGGCGUCGCUGAAUAACGGGGCAUCCUACAUAAAGCAGCAGCCUCUGUCUCCUUGUAAUCCAGGGGCAAACUCGCUGCAGCCAAGCUUGCCCACACAUUCACUAGACCAGUCUUACUUGCACCAGAACGGGCACAGUACUACAGAUUUACAAGGUAUUCCUCGGUACCAUUCCCAGUCUCCAAGCAUGUGUGACCGGAAGGAGUUCGUCUUCUCGUUCAACGCCAUGACGUCCUCAGCGAUGCACUCACCGAGCAGCAGCUCGUACUACCACCACCAACAGGUCUCCUACCAGGACAUCAAGCCCUGCGUUAUGUGAUGCCCCCCACGGACAACCUGCAGACCAGAGGACGGUGUCACGGACUUGAGCCAUGCAGCAGGGUGAACUGAAAUGAGAACAAACGAGUAAAUAACCACUGAGAGACAUAAAGGCAUGCCAUGGAGAGCGCUCACUGCUUCAAGUAGACCGGACUACUUUUCUGUACGGUUUCACACUGCGACAAAGACAGGCCAAUCACAAAGCAACAACAUAAUAAUAAUAAUAAAACAAACUUUUUCAUGCCAUCAACAUCGACCAGCGGGGUAAAGACUGGGUAUAUGAAACCCUGCUGCUGUCUGGUACUUAGUCCUGCAGAGCGGAUGACUACCACUUCACACUUUAAUGUUUAUUCGUCUUGUUUAAGUAGGCCAAUGUAAAAAUGCACACGUCCAUUUUCCCCGUCUGAAGUUUAUACAUACUUUUAUUUCCUCUGACAAAUUAGACUGAGGCUCCUUUUUCUUUUUUGGACUUUAAUACCAGCGUUGAAUUUUUAAAUGAACAAUUAUGGACAUCACAUAAACAUGUCCAUAUAUAUGUAAAAACGAUGAAGGCACUUUUUGAAUAGCCUAGCGCAUCUUUUUAUUUAUUCUGUAGGCCUACAUAUUUUAAUUUCAGGCGAAUUGGCCAAGGAGGUAUAUUCUGUAUUGGCAAUAUUUGUCAGAACGCUUGUUGUUUUAAAAUGAAAUUGAGGAUAUAUUGUAAGCACUGUUAUGUCGUCUGUGUUAGAUAUAUGUAGACCAUUACUUUCAGCACUGUAUACUUAUAUGUUAGGAAAAUUAGCAAGGUUCCAUCAAUGAGGGCUAAUUUUUAGGUUUUAUUACAACAAAUCAUUUGUAAGAAAUAAAAUAUAUCUGUUGGGCUGUUUAAGCCUAAAUCCACAAAAAAAAAAAUCGAUUUCAUCACCCACCCAUAAUUCAUGCCAAUUUUUGGGGGACACUACAAAUAUCCCACCAAAACUGUAAAUCUCAUGUUGGUGAUCACUAUUACACAAUCAACCCAAAAUGUGUAGUAUUUAAAGAAUAGGUUUCUAACACAUGGUUUGCAAUUAAUAAUUCAAACUAAAAAGGUGGGUAAACUGAGUUCACAUGGCUUUAAUCUACUAAAUAUUUGGGGAUAAUGAAGAAAAAAAAAAUUAAAAGCAUAAUAUGCAUAUAAAAAGGUCCAUACUAGUACUAUAGUACUGCAACAGAAAAAUGUUCCAGGAAUAUCACAGUGGUGUCUUGAAUGCAGUUCAUGAUUGAGGCCAAAGUCGAACAGUUUAACUAACAGUCUGUUUUCAUCUGGCAGGAGCAGGUCAUGCCUGUUAUUGUAAGAUGACAUUAAAUGAACAAAUCUGAUUUUCCACAAAACAAUGAUUAAUUGAUUAUAGAUUUUAAAUAAAUGGUUUUAAAGAA